GAGGAUUGAAAACAAAUUUGACCAUGAAGAUUGGAAUUAUGCCAUAGCUCAGAAAGCCAGGAGCCCGGACAGUAACAGAGGCCAAGAGGAAACCGUUUCAAAUGAAAUCAAGACUGGGGUGAGCUGUCUAUCCUGUAGGGAAAAUUGUGCAAGUGUUUCUCCUGCUUGGCCAGAGAACCAGACCUUUGAGAGCCAGGCUGUGAGGAAUGGAUCAGCCAGAAUGAUGCAUCUGCCUUGCAGCAGGGAGCCAACCUCUUCAACAUGCAGCCCCGGCAGAAUGGACGUCCAAGGCGGCAGAGCUGCAGCUGGCACUCAGUCGGGUCCAGAGACUCUAAGCGUACUGGGAAGCAGGGGCAGUUUUAGUGACCAGGUAAACACAGGCAAGAAGAGCCCCAUAGAACAGAUGGAGGGAGCUCACCGCUCCCCACGGCAUCUGCCCUCUUCCCCUGAGGACAGCAAGCAAGCUGCCCCCUGUGCAGUCUGGAGCCACACUCCCCUGUGCCCGUCAGCCCUGCCUGCCAUGGGCCCCCUUUUUCCCUGCAAUAGUCCCACUGCUCAGAAGCAGCAGGGACUGAGGAGAAGAUCACCCGACGACAAGCUAGAGCGACUCAGAGAGAGAAUUUGGGAGCAGAAGCAGCGACACCAACGUCUGAUUCAGGAAGCGAAGCAACCCAGUGCCAGCUACGCCAGGGAACUGCUGCAUCUAGGGCCCCUGAAGAGGAAGGUUCGCAAAGUGGCCUUUGCUCCUCCAGCCCCAGUUUACAGAGGUUUUAGUGCUGUGAAACUGAAGGUUGCUCAUUCUUCUGCAGACGAAGAGACUGGAAUAUCAGAAUUUGAAGAAGUGGCCACCACCAGACAAAGUGGGGAUUAUAAAAACAAGAGUCCAGACCAAAGAGACAGACGCAUGACAAGCAGAAGUCAAAGGCCCAAGCAAGAACAGAGUUCAUCCAAGUCUCCUGUCCCAGAGAAAACACUGAAAGAGAAAGGAUCCAAACUGAUUGGUGCUUCUGCAUGGCGAGAAGGUCAGAAGCUGGUGAAAAAGUUGCUUGGUCCACUUCCUAAAUUUACAAAGCUGGGGAGCACAUGUGAAGAGUGGAACCCUAAAAAUGACUCUGAACCUGGUAAAGAUUUUAUAGCAACCCCACAAAUAGAACAAAGCUCUAGAGAAAAUGGUGUUCCCGGUGGAGGUGAUCACAUGUGGAACAGCCCUCCACAUAAAAGCUGUCAGACUACACCCAGCAGUUCCAUUGAAAUUGCCAGCAAUGCACUGACCAGAGAUGCAAAGCAAAUACUAAGGGAUCUACAUUUGCAAAACCAAUCUUGUGAGGAAUGCAUAAGUACAAAGCCGCAGAAAGAUACCAUAACAGGAAAGGCAGAAGAUUCAAAGCCAUAUCCAGAAACCAAUCCUCCUUCAACUGAAAUCAGCAGCAGCACUCGCUCCGAUUACAGCAGAGACAAGACCAGGUCCUCGUUAAUGAAAGCUGGAAUAGAGCCAAGAAAUUGCAAUGGAAGAAAAAGUGCAUCUCUUCCAAGAAGUAAGGGCUCAAACAGCCCAGGACAGAAACUGUCCAAGAAGGAAAAUGUUAACCAGUCUGCUCAGAAGAGGGUAAACGUAGGGAAAGCCCACACCUACAGCCCAGAAGAAGUGCAUGAAUUUAUGCACAGAAAGGUUGAGGAAAGAAAGAAGAAAAACCUAGAAGAGAAAAAGUCUUUAAAGCAGGCCAGAGAAACAAGAGCUCAGAGAUUGCAAGAGUUGUACAGGAAACAGAAGGAAGCUUUUGCAAAGAAAUCAUGUUCUGGGGUGGCACAGACUUUAAACAGGGGAAUUAUUCCUGCAACACAAGGUUCUCAGUAUAAACUUGCCCAAGAACAGACCAUGAAAAGGAGCCUGGAAAGGAAUUUUAUGGAGUGGGUGCAUAAAACAUCAUGUGCUUUAUUGAGAAGUGAGGAGCAGGGAAGCAGUGACUUACAUCCAAAGACGAGCCAGCCACCUAAAGCAAAAGAGACAUUUGAUUUUCCUUCUUCACUGGCAUCUGAAAGUGGGUUCCUCAGCCCUUUGAACCUUAAAGACCUGGCAGUCAGCCCUUCUCCAGCUCAGUACCUGCCUCCCCAGAGCUUUUUCCUUCCACUGAAAACUGCAAAAUCUGGCCUCAACGCCUCAGCUUCUGAGGACACUUCCAGCCUCCCUCUGUAUAGAAAUACACAGGACAGAGUGAAGGCCAUUCACUCCCUAGCCAGGGAACUUGGUGAGCGGAUUGAGCUGGCAACUGAAAGACUGAGGGGAACAAGCAGGCUACAAGACUCUAACGACAAUGGAGGAGAGGAACAUAUACCUUUAGAACCUCCCAAUUGGUCUUCUCCACGGUCAAAGCCCAAGACACCUAAAAGUGAGGGAAACAGGACCAUGAACAUACGAACACUCCUGGGUGUCCAGAGUCCUAAUGGCGUAUGGAUUUCAUUAGACCCUGCACAGGAUAGCACGCUGUACUUGGGUAGCCCCGAAGGAGCAGAAGCCCGGAAAAGGAAGGAGCGGAUCCGAGCUGACACAGCCGCUGUUAGCGAGGAGUUACCGUGGAGUUCCAAUUCGGUGAUGCAUGGGAAAGCCCUGAAGGACGUGUGGGAAGAUUUUACCGUGACGAAGGAAUCUGACAUGGAAACGUGCCUAUUGCGAGGAAAGCCGAUAGCCAGCAUAGCCUCUCCAUCUCCCAGAUUCCUCACUAGAAGCCCAGAGAGAAAACCAGCAAAUCAAAGGAAUCGCUCCAUAUCUGAUGCUCUUUCUGAAGCUCAGAAUCAAGCGGAAAUUAUUUCAUCCUCUCCUAGACGAAGUCUCAAAACAUCUCUCAGUCAUGGAUUUGAACCCCGCGCUUCUCCAACCAGAAGGAUUGGGAUGCAAAAAGAAUUUGAUGAUGACUUUGGUAAGACAGCAUUUAACAAAGUAUCAGAAAAUGCAGUGCAGCCCCGAGAGAAAGAGGAAAAGGUGGGAUUACCCCGCUUUGUACCCUCCAGAUUCCACGCUGCUGCAGGGGCUGAAACAGCCCCAGGCAGAGAUCCCAGAUGCAUAGAUCUGGAGGAGAGAUACAGGGAUCACCUUGAAAACAUACAGCAAACAUCUCUGAGGCUGGCUCACAAACUGAAGGCUGAUCGGCUCCAACAGGAAGGGCGUCUGGCUAUCCUGCGUGAGAAAGCAAAGCUAGAAGCUCAAGAGAGCCAGAGGUCUUUGGAUGAGUUGCUCAAGCAUCAGUUAGCGGGGCUGAAUGGCUCCCAAGCCAGAUGCACUGUGAGGGCAAGACUGAAGCAUGCUAAGCAAGACCAGACAGAAUAUCAAUUUGAAGGUGAUCCCAAAAGAGGUGAUACAGCCGAGGACAGUCAGGUAUCUUGGAUAAACCAUAUAUUGCUACCUGCUGAAGAGAAGGAGUAUCCAUUUUGA